AUGCUGAAUUUCUGUUCAGGUGGAGGCAUUCAUGCUUACACAUCUUUGUUCUCUACUCUGCAGCUGUGGCUGACAUUUGCUCCUGUGGCUGAUAAGACAGCUGCCUACUUCCACAUUUCCCUGGAGAUGGUCAACUGGCUGUCAAUAGUGUACCUCCUCAUCUCAAUCCCAUUUGGUCUGGUGGCAACAUGGGUUCUCGACAGUGUGGGACUCAGAUGUUCUGUGAUCCUGAGUGCAUGGCUGAACAUGACAGGUAGCAUCAUCCGGAUGUUCAGUGUCCUGAAGUUCCUGAGCUUGGGUUCCCAGAGUUACUGGUACCUGUUCAUUGGGCAAUGUCUCUGUGCAUUGGCACAGCCCCUUAUCAUCUUUUCACCAACAAAACUGGCAGCACUAUGGUUUCCAGACCACCAGAGAGCAACAGCAAAUAUGAUCGCAUCAAUGUCCAAUCCUUUGGGUAUUCUUAUAGCAAACAUGCUGUCACCUGCACUAGUUCCUGAAGGAAAGCACAUCCCAUUGAUGCUGGGUGUUUAUGCUGUCCCAGCAGUAACAGCCUGUGCUCUAGCAACUGUGGGGAUUCACGAGAAGGUUCCUCCAACACCUCCUUCAGCCAGUGCCACUAGCUCCACCUCCCAACCAUUCCUUAAGGGGCUCAAAAUGCUCCUGAGAAACAAGCCGUACAUCAUCCUGGCAGUGUGCUUUGGAGGAGGAAUUGGGAUGUUCACCUGCUUUUCAGCUCUGUUAGAACAGAUCCUUUGUGAAAAGGGGUAUUCAAAUGAAUUUGCUGGCCUGAAUGGUGCUUUGUUCACAGUGUGUGGUUUGUUGGGUGCUUUCCUGCUAGGCCUGUAUGUCGACCAGACAAGGAAGUUCGUAGAGUCCACCAAGAUUUGUUUCUGUCUGAGUGCACUUGCCAGUAUUGUGUUUGCAGUGACUUCUCGGUUCAGACAUCAGGCCAUCAUGCUGGCUGUCAGCAGCUCACUUUUUGGUUUCUUCGGUUUUGCCAUCUACCCCAUUGCCAUGGAGCUGGCUGUGGAAUGCUCCUACCCUGUGGGAGAGGGUACAUCUACAGGCCUGAUUUUUGUUGCAAGCCAGAUUGAAGGUGUGAUUUUAAUGAUUCUGCUACAAUCCCUCACUGUGCAUGUUUCUGAGGAUCCUUCCUCCACCUGCGCCCUUGACAAGGAUGGAGCCCUGGACUGGACAAUUCCGGUGCUGGUGCUGGCUGCCCUUUGCAGUGCUAUGGCUUGUUUCUAUGUCAUCUUCUUCCACACUGACUACAAGCGCCUCCACGCUGAGAAAAACAGUGGUGAUUUGGUCAAGGCAGAAGAUACAGCAACAACAGAUGUUCCUGAAGCCUAA